AACAUUAAAACGUAAGCAUUCAUGAGAUAAAUGAAUAAGGCUUUCAGUGGUGUUCUGUACUCAGGCAGUAUGAUGAGUUUGUUUACAAAAUGUCUAACUACAGGGUGUGAAGUGAGGUGGCUACUCAUUUUAAUUUUUCUCAUACAUAUUUUGGUUCUAGGAUAUUCAGUUUCUAAUGCUGCCUCGAGAUCAGAGGGACACUUUGGCACUCAAAGUAAGAAACCUUUCGCGCAACGAGUGUGCGUUCGACCACCAAAAAGGCUCAAUAGGUUGACUCAACCGGAGGAUUUUGUUGCGGGCUACAGCGUUUAUGCCAGUAGAGCAAAUCAUCUACUGUUGGCUGAGGAGGAGUAUGAUAAGCACGAUGAAGACUAUGAGGGUUAUGAGGUCAGGGAAGGCGUUGAGACUGAUUUAGACAAGCAGUUCCCAGGUUGCGGUCCACCUGUCGGAGUGGAAGCAAAAGUGGUCAACGAAACGUCGUUCAACGUUACUUGGUACGCAGAGGCUCCAAAGAAUAUCUCGAUAAGAUAUUUCAUGGUGGACUUUGAUCAAGCGAAGAGAGAAAAUAAGACGGAGGCCCGGUGUCGGCAAAGAGUUGAACCCGAAAGUGACAUUAAAAACAAAACUCACUCUUUCCACAGUUACACCUUCACUAAUCUAACCACUGAUCGUCUAUACCAGUUCCGAGUGGUGACAUACUACUUCGAUUAUCAGAUAUAUUCCUCACCCAAUACAUCGUGGAUUCGACUGAAAUAAUAUUAUACCUUUUUAAAUGCAAUGAGCCAGUGAAUUCUGAAUGCGGAAAAUUGAAUGUCGUGAACGAUAACUCUGUGUUGUUUUGCAAGUUCCGCGAGGUUCCUCACUACAAUCGUGAUUCAAAUAAUGUGUCGCCUAGAACUACGAGAAUAUGCAUGCCCUGCAACGGAGGUGCAUUGCGGGUCACCUACUCCUCCGGCUUCACACCUUCGCCGUUUCUUGCGCAUUAGUAGCAGAUGCCUAAUAGUUAUUUUCGAUAAUUUGAUUUCACUCUGUGACUACUAUAAUAUCUUCUAGCUGAAAAGAAACAUGUGAAUAAAAUAUGUUUUACAAAUAUCAAAUUUUUCUCUACGGUA